UGUUUCGACGGGGACCGAUUGCGCUGCAACACUUCAGCGUCGGGCUCGCAUCUCGCAUGAAUGGAAUGAUAUUAUUGGUUAAAGCCUCGACUUAGGAAUGGAAACUGGAUGUCACAAAUUUCAGAGUUAACAUUUCGAGUCGGUGUCUGUCGAUGUAACGAGGGGACGCUUUGCCCUUUAGGUUCAACUUUAAAGAGCUCUCUGUUCGUUUGUGUACAGAGCGGAAGCUAAGUAGCUGCUAGCCUCAGACUGCAGGCUUCACGGCGUUGACUUAGCCUGCUAGUCAUCUCUGCUUCAGGAUCAUAGACCAACAACAACAACAACAACAAAAAAAAAACAACAACAGAGCAAAGAUGGUUGAAUCUAUAUUUGACCUCCCGGUGGAGAAGCAGAUAUUUUAUGCUGUGUUGGGGUUUUCGUGGACAGUGUAUCUCUGGGAGGCUUACCUUUCUUACAGACAGAGGAGCAUAUACAGAUUGACAACGAACGUGCCACAGGAGCUCGGCAAGAUUAUGGAUUCUGAAACAUUUGAGAAGUCGCGUCUUUAUCAGCUGGAUAAAAGCAACUUCAGCUUUUGGUCUGGACUCUACUCCGAGACUGAAGGGACGUUGAUCCUGCUCCUGGGUGGAAUCCCGUUUCUGUGGGGCGUCGCUGGUUCUGUGAUGACUCGCUUCGGAUUGGGCUCCGAGUACGAGAUCACGCAGUCACUUGUGUUUCUGACGCUUGCCACCCUGUUCAGCGCCUUCACCGGACUCCCCUGGAGUUUGUACAACACAUUCGUCAUUGAAGAGAAGCACGGCUUUAAUCAGCAGACAAUAGGCUUCUUUCUGAAGGAUGCUGUGAAGAAGUUCGUUGUGACCCAGUGUAUCCUGCUGCCCGUCACCUCACUGCUCCUGUACAUCAUCAAGAUCGGUGGGGACUACUUCUUCAUCUACGCCUGGCUCUUCACCCUGGCUGUGUCUCUGGUACUUGUGACUAUCUAUGCGGACUACAUCGCUCCCCUCUUUGAUAAGUUCACUCCUCUGCCAGAAGGAGAGCUGAAGACAGAUAUCGAGUCCAUGGCCAAGAGUAUAAGCUUCCCCCUCACUAAGGUGUAUGUAGUUGAAGGUUCCAAGCGUUCGUCACACAGCAAUGCGUACUUUUACGGGUUCUUUAAAAACAAACGCAUUGUGCUGUUUGACACUCUGCUGGAAGACUACUCGCCUCUGAACAAGACCGGAGAGCCUCAGACGGAGCAGCCAGAGGCCGAGGAUGCACCGAACGAAUCAAAAGCCAAGCCCAAGAACAAGAAGCAAGGAUGCAAUAACCCAGAGAUCCUUGCAGUCCUGGGUCAUGAGCUGGGCCACUGGAAGCUGGGCCACACCGUGAAGAACAUCGUCAUCAGUCAGAUGAACUCCUUCCUGUGCUUCUCCCUGUUCGCUGUCCUGAUUGGACGUAAGGAACUGUUUGUUGCUUUCGGCUUCAAUGACAGCCAACCCACAUUAAUAGGCUUGAUGAUUAUCUUCCAGUUCAUCUUCUCCCCCUACAAUGAGCUCCUGUCCUUCUGUCUGACCGUCCUGAGUCGCAGGUUUGAGUUCCAGGCCGAUGCCUUUGCUCGCGCCAUGGGCAAAGCCUCUGAACUAUACUCCGCACUCAUCAAGCUCAACAAGGACAACCUGGGCUUCCCUGUGGCCGACUGGUUGUUCUCCAUGUGGCACUAUUCCCACCCUCCCCUCCUGGAGCGCCUCAGAGCGCUGGGCAGCAUCAAGCAGGACUGACGGGGCUGGAAGGGGGAGGAGCGAGCGCUGCCUCCUCCAAAGGGCCUCCGCAGACCGCUACUGGCCCUCUGAUGCACCCUAGUUUUCUUUUUUUUUGUCUUACCUACCACCCCCUUCAUUUUUUUAAUCUUCUUUGAUUAAUUACUCUGCUUGCCAUAUUUUCAUACUUUCCUCUCUGUUCCCUUUUGAAACUUUAUUUUAAACAAAACCAAAACAUAUCAGCACAAGCCAGCCUAAAAAAAAAAAAACCCCUUCGAUUAAAGACUCGAGAGAUGCCUUACAUGCACUCACUGAAAGCUCCUGGGCAAUGUGUGUUUAGCAAGAGCUAUUGUCAGAGCACAGGUCACAUUUAUGCAGAUUGAGUUGAGGUUUGUUUUUUUAAAUUCUUUUUUAUUUCUGGGCAAUUUAAUUAUAAAUUUAUUCUAUGAAAAGAUGGAAUUUCCCAUUUCAAAUCUGAAAUAAUUCUAGCAGAUUUACGUACUUUCUGUUGUGGUGUUUACAUGACACAAAUGUUAAAGGGACAAGAGUAUUUUUUUAAAACUUAACUUAGUUAAUCCAACAGUAAAACAAGUUUUUACUUACUGCAGAUUGAAAAAAAAAAACCAGCAACAACAAAAUGACAUCAUGGGUGGGAGAUGGACAACUUGCAUGCUCAUGACAAGGCUUUUUGCAGAUACACAGGCCAGACUGUGAUUCUCCUCUCAGGUGAAUCUGUUGCUAUGGAAAUAUUUUCAGGUGAGCUCAAUAGUAAAAACAUCUGUUAUGUCAAAUUCACAGUUUUGCAAAAGAAAAAAAAAUACUUUGUCACUGGGGCAAAAUUCAGGGCCUUUUACCAUUUCUGUUUUAGGUCAGAUAAUGGACGCGUGAUGACCAGAGCAGUGCGGAUAAUUUUAUUUUAAUUUAGGCUAGACUUGUGAUUUUCAUUUUUUACUUGCAGUUGGGGGGGAGGGCUUGUUUUACUUUUUUUCUUAGGCAGUUUCCAACCAUACCUGUACAUAUGUAACAUUUAUGAAAAAGAAAAAUGGCAUAUGAUGUGACUUGUGAAAAAUGUUGAACGUGGUUUGAAAUUUUAAGUUGAACAAUGUUUCUUAGUUUCUUCUCUUGGUUUUGGGCUGAGUGAGCUCAGAGUUGUCUGACAAGCGAAAUAUUCAUAGGAAAAUUGGGGAAUGAAGUCUGCGAGGUUCCUUUCACCACUUAAGUCAGUGCUUGGUUUGUUCAAUGAGGGAACUGUGUACCGUCUUUGCAGCAAUGAAUAAAAAUCCUUCAAAGCAUU